CCCAACGAUGACCGCUCCCUGGCGGCGCCUCCGGAGUCUGGUUUGGGAAUACUGGGCCGGGCUCCUCGUGUGCGCCUUCUGGAUCCCGGACUCGCGCGGGAUGCCCCACGUCAUCCGGAUCGGAGGAAUCUUUGAGUAUGCAGACGGCCCCAAUGCCCAGGUCAUGAACGCUGAAGAGCACGCCUUUCGAUUUUCUGCCAACAUUAUCAACAGGAACAGGACUCUGCUGCCCAAUACAACCUUGACCUACGACAUCCAGAGGAUUCACUUCCAUGACAGCUUUGAAGCCACCAAGAAGGCCUGUGACCAGCUGGCGCUGGGCGUAGUGGCCAUCUUCGGGCCGUCACAGGGCUCCUGCACCAAUGCCGUCCAGUCCAUCUGCAAUGCCCUGGAGGUGCCCCACAUCCAGCUGCGCUGGAAGCACCACCCCCUGGACAACAAGGACACCUUCUACGUGAACCUCUACCCUGACUACGCCUCUCUCAGCCACGCCAUCCUCGACCUGGUCCAGUACCUCAAGUGGCGGUCGGCCACCGUGGUCUACGACGACAGUACAGGGCUCAUCCGACUGCAGGAGCUCAUCAUGGCCCCGUCGAGAUACAACAUCCGUCUGAAGAUCCGCCAGCUCCCCCUCGACUCUGAUGACUCGCGCCCGCUGCUCAAGGAGAUGAAGCGAGGCCGAGAAUUUCGCAUUAUCUUCGACUGCACCCACACCAUGGCUGCCCAGAUUCUCAAGCAGGCCAUGGCCAUGGGCAUGAUGACCGAGUACUACCACUUCAUCUUCACCACUCUGGAUCUGUACGCGUUAGACCUGGAGCCCUACCGCUACUCAGGGGUGAACUUGACCGGAUUCCGCAUCCUCAACGUGGACAACCCCCACGUCUCUGCCAUCGUGGAGAAGUGGUCCAUGGAGCGGCUGCAGGCAGCUCCCCGGGCUGAGUCUGGCCUGCUGGACGGAGUGAUGAUGACUGACGCAGCCCUGCUGUACGAUGCUGUCCACAUCGUGUCCGUGUGCUACCAGCGGGCGCCCCAGAUGACCGUGAACUCCCUGCAGUGCCAUCGACACAAGGCCUGGCGCUUUGGCGGCCGUUUCAUGAACUUCAUCAAGGAGGCUCAAUGGGAAGGAUUAACUGGACGGAUUGUUUUCAACAAAACCAGUGGCUUACGGACGGAUUUCGAUCUGGACAUCAUCAGCCUGAAGGAGGACGGUCUGGAGAAGGUCGGGGUGUGGAGUCCUGCCGAGGGGCUCAACAUCACGGAAGUCGCCAAAGGCCGCGGCCCUAAUGUCACCGACUCCCUGACAAACAGGUCACUCAUUGUCACCACAGUGCUGGAGGAGCCCUUCGUCAUGUUCCGCAAGUCCGACAGGACCCUGUUUGGCAACGACCGGUUCGAGGGCUACUGCAUCGACCUGCUCAAGGAGCUGUCGCACAUCCUGGGCUUCUCCUACGAGAUCCGGCUGGUGGAGGACGGCAAGUACGGGGCCCAGGACGACAAGGGCCAGUGGAACGGCAUGAUCAAGGAGCUCAUCGACCACAAGGCAGAUCUGGCCGUGGCCCCCCUGACCAUCACCCACGUCCGAGAGAAGGCCAUCGACUUCUCCAAGCCCUUCAUGACCCUCGGUGUGAGCAUCCUGUAUCGCAAGCCCAACGGCACCAACCCCAGCGUCUUCUCCUUCCUCAACCCCCUGUCCCCAGACAUCUGGAUGUAUGUGCUCCUCGCCUACCUUGGGGUCAGCUGUGUCCUCUUUGUGAUCGCCAGGUUCAGCCCUUAUGAGUGGUAUGAUGCUCACCCCUGCAACCCUGGCUCUGAGGUGGUGGAAAACAACUUCACUCUGUUGAACAGCUUCUGGUUUGGAAUGGGGUCGCUGAUGCAGCAAGGGUCUGAACUGAUGCCCAAGGCCCUCUCCACGCGCAUCAUUGGCGGCAUCUGGUGGUUCUUCACGCUCAUCAUCAUCUCCUCCUACACGGCCAACCUGGCUGCCUUUCUGACCGUAGAGCGAAUGGAAUCCCCCAUAGACUCUGCGGAUGACUUGGCCAAGCAAACCAAAAUUGAGUAUGGGGCUGUGAAGGACGGCGCCACCAUGACCUUCUUCAAGAAAUCCAAGAUCUCCACUUUCGAGAAGAUGUGGGCCUUCAUGAGCAGCAAGCCCUCGGCGCUGGUGAAGAACAAUGAGGAAGGCAUCCAGCGGGCCCUCACGGCGGACUACGCGCUGCUCAUGGAGUCCACGACCAUCGAGUACGUCACCCAGAGGAACUGCAACCUCACCCAGAUCGGGGGCCUCAUCGACUCCAAGGGCUACGGCAUCGGCACGCCCAUGGGCUCCCCAUACCGGGACAAGAUCACCAUCGCCAUCCUGCAGCUGCAGGAGGAGGACAAGCUGCACGUCAUGAAGGAGAAGUGGUGGCGGGGCAGCGGGUGUCCCGAGGAAGAAAACAAAGAAGCCAGCGCCCUGGGCAUCCAGAAGAUCGGGGGCAUCUUCAUCGUCCUGGCUGCCGGCCUCGUCCUCUCCGUGCUCGUGGCCGUGGGCGAGUUUGUCUACAAGCUCCGCAGAACAGCAGAGCGCGAGCAGCGUUCCUUCUGCAGCACCGUGGCCGACGAGAUCCGUUUCUCCCUUACCUGCCAGCGUCGGGUCAAGCACAAGCCACAGCCUCCCAUGAUGGUCAAGACUGACGCUGUCAUCAACAUGCACACAUUCAAUGACCGCCGGCUCCCGGGCAAGGACAGCAUGACCUGCAGCACAUCACUGGCCCCUGUGUUCCCCUAGGCACGGGGGGGUGCAGCCCACAGGCCUGGGGGCAGGAUGGAGGGAAGCAAAGCAGACAGGAAGGAGAGGCCCCUGCCCCCCUGCUGGGCUUGGGGACCAGAGCUGCUGCCUGGCUAAUGAGCCAGGAGGCCUCUGCCCUUACCCAGUGGAAAACCAGCAGGCCCCCAGCCAGCUGCUUGGGCUUCACUCUUCUCUUGUUUCUUCUAUGGGUUUCUACAGCUGCCAGCCAAGACAGCCACGGCCAAAGGAAGCACAUGCCUCUCUCAGGCCAAACUCACCUGCCCCUCGGCUCCCCAUGGCCAGAAGUGACAGCCACGGCCCUGCUGAGGCCAAAGAAACAGAGGAGCGGCUCUCGUGUCACCACUCCUUCCCCGGGAGCUCAGGCCUGGGCUUGACCGUCAGGCAAAAGACACACGUCUUGGGCCCCUUACGGAUGCCAUGCUGUGACAGCCAAGGGGAGCUGAAGCUGGGGGGCGGCAGCCCCACGUGCCUGGGCAGGAGGAGGACUCUGUCCAUCAGGAGCGGCUUACACCGGCCUGAUCUCCAGGACUUGGCGCCACCGUGGCAGCCCCUGCUUUGCAACAUUGAAAACAGAAAGCCCCGUGGGGGAGAAAUGGAGUUUGGGUCCGGGAGAGAGGAGAAUGCAGGGGCCGCCAUUUUUAAUCCAUGGACAACGUCCCAGUGGCUCCGAUUCCUCCAGGAGGCCCCUGGGAGCAUAAAGCGGGGCAGCUUCAGAGCAUAUUUCCCCCAUUCUCUGGCCAGAGGUGUGAGGACCCCCUGAAUCUCUCGCAAAGGAUGCCCAGAGACUCAUCUGGUCUUUGGAGCCUGGAGGACGAGUGGAUUUCAUGGGAAUCUCAUGGGCUCUCGAGCCACGGAGCUGACUGUGCUUAUUCCCAGCUGUUUUCUAAGCCCUGAUAGCAUUUGGGAGCUUAGGCUCUUGGCCAUCCACUCAUCAGCAACUUCCCAUCUGGCCAGUUGACCAGAUCUUUCUGUCAUCUUGGAAGAAGGGGAGCCUAGAUUAUAGUGAAUGUCAUCACAGUCUCCAGCUAGGAGGAUGGUGUCCUACUGCACGAGCUAACUUUGGGGUAGGUGGAGACGUCCAGAGGGCCCUAAAGUCAUAUGGCCUCCAGACUUGCUAACCCUAAAGAUACUCCCGAGGAAAAGGCAGAUUAUAUUGGUAGCAGCCCCAAGGGUGGGGAGGGAGAAACUGCCUCCUGGAGAUUAACCAAAGACCCACACAGAGAGACAAGGCCCUGUGGGCCCUGGUGUCUUGUUCAGAGCAGCUGGGCCCUUGUGGGGCUUGGGGGAACGCUAGAGAAGUAGUAGCCGAUGAGGUAACAGUGAGGGGUGGGCCAGCUGGCUGUGAUGGUCACUCUAGAGGUCUGUGAGUUUAAGGCUCCGGGAAAAGAAUUGAGACAGAAAGGGUUAGGAGCAAAGUGUCCUUAAAGAGAACAGAAUGGGACUCACGGGGCUUCUCACAGCCGAGGGCAGAGGGCAGUCUUUGAGCAGGACAAAGGGACCAGAGGCUCUAGACAGGGACCCAGGAGGCGCUGGCCACCUUCCUCCCACCUCUUCUGUUUCUGCCUGGGGUCCUGGUUAGAGAAAAGCUGCACUUAAGUCUCAAGGACCUUCUCAGCUGAGUGAAGGGUAAUCUCCAGCUCCCCCCCGGGAAUCCCAAAGCAGGCGAGCACUGUGGGCUCUUCGAAACUAUGAGCUGCAGAACCUAACCAGCUGGUUUCCAGAAUCGCAGCAGCUCCGACAGGCAGCGUGCACAGGAAGGGGAGAGUGCUGGACGCACCACAGAGCCAAUGCAUGUGAGCUAGCAAGACAUGAGCUUCCAUGGGUGGGCACGUGCGUGUGCGUGUGCGUGUGCGUGUGUGUGUGUGUGUGUGUGUGUGUGCGCGCGCGCACACACUGGUGUCUGCCUUCAUGUGAGUGAGCUCUGGGGGCUGGGAGUGAAGGACAGAUCUGGCCAUAUGAGAGUCGAGGGCAUGCAAUAAUAGGAGGAUCCUUCUGUUCAGAGGUGUGUAGGUGUGUGUGUGUGUGCAGGUAUGUGAACUGGGGGUGCGGAGACAAAUAUGGGCAAGCAGUGGAGCCCCAUAAAUGUAAAAACAGGAAAAGCCAUGUCGCCGUGGGGUUCUGGUGAGUACACAUUUGUACAUCUGCCUCACGAAUGUAUGCUGCGGGGUGUGUGUGUGUGUCUGUGUGUGUGUGCACCAAAUGAUAGAGGGUGGGUGACAAGAUAAAACCAGCAGCGUUGCCAAAUAUGUCUAAAAGGAGAAGCCAUGUCAUCAAGGUGUCCGCCUGUGAGUGUGUGGGGGUGCAGAGAGAGCGAGGGUGCCGUCAGUACACGCUGCUCUCGAAAGCCGCGGAACUGGUGUCUGCUCACACGUGUGCGCCCACACACGUGCUCAAAUGCACACGCUCCAACUCACAGCAGGGGCGGAGACAAUCAGGAAGGCAGGGAGCCAGGGUCUGUUUGCACUUGUCCGGGAGAGAUCCUAUGUCACAAAGCGUUGCCAGAUUGUAUCAACGAUCGCAGGGAGGCUGGCCAAGUGGGGGCACAACACUUCAGGGACUUCUGGCUGGUGACUCCUUUGCUCAAGGCAGUGUCCUGUUGGAGGGGAAACAUGUCUGUGAUUCCCAAAUAACAGGAUUCUAACAAUGUUCUCUCCAAUUUGCUUUCAGCAACCACAGCGACUAACCACUCUCUUUCUUUGUCCAGUAUAAUUUCACAGCACCCGCCACAUCCACACACAGUCCCCACACUGGUGGGGGCUGUGUCUGAUGCUCCACGAACAUGUCGUGUUCUGAGGCUAUGAACACUGUGAUGGGAGGGAGGAAGAAGGCGGCGGCCUGGGUAGGGAGACCUCUUUUGAAGGAGCUGAAGAUGAUGGCUAUUAGAGGCACAAUUCAACUAGGGGACCCCCCCGAAAGGUACGGAGCUGAUUUUUCAGACUCUGAAGUGGAUGUGGGGGGGCACACUGCCCAGUCUUCGCUCCUGCGCAAGCCUCAUGUCCAUGUGCAUGGCCACGGGCUGCCUCUCGCUGAUGCCCUGUGUUUGUCGAGACCAGCCCGUGUUCACAGUGCGGUGACCCCUCUGCCUGAGAGUGAGCUGUGUCUCCCAGGGUCCUGUAUCCUGGGCACAGGGAAAGGGGCCCACAACGAGAAUUAAAGUCUACACCCACCUACCAGUGGAAGUGGUCCAGGGGGCAGCGGGUGUGUGCACACACCAGAAGUACUGAAGGGAGGGGUGGCUGGUGGGUGACUAGGACACGUGGCUUGGAUUGACACAAAAGAUGGGACUGUUCCCCUUGGGGGGGGGUCCCCCACACCAGCCCUGACCAGAAGAGUGCCCUGUCUUCCAUCCCCGUCUCCUAUCCCAAGAUGCCAGUGCCUCCUCUCAACCUGUUCAGACUGGCCAGAUUGAGGGGCAGCAGUGAGGAGACACGCCGGCCUGGGGCUCUGGACAUUGACCUUCCUCAUCUCUCUCCCCUGUGAUGGCCUCUGCCAUGGACAGACAAGAAAACCCCAGGAGCUUUGUUACUGUCAGGUGGCCCUUGGGAGGGAUGAUGGCCCCUUGGUCAGUGAGCUGACCCCAUGCCCGAGGGGUGGGAGGACCGUCCCUCUGCACAGCCAAGACUCUGCCUCAACUACAAGAGCACAUCCUGGCUCCCUCCCACUGCCAGCACUGGCAGGUGGGGGACUCUGGCCCAGCCUGGGGAGGGCUCCAAGUGGCUCAGAGCUCUCCCUGCCUCCUUAAACUGGAGGAGAGCGGAAGUCAGGCCCAGAACGAUCGGAAGCUCCCCUCUGGCCUCUUUUCCAGGGUGAUGUGGGGGAGGGCUUUAGCACCAUCACUAAGGACAAGUCUGGUCCCUCCCAGCCACUUCCAGCUGUCUGCACAAACAUCUGGAAAUAUGCCCAACUCUGGCCCAUGUCUGGAAUGGUCCGGUGUGGACAGCCUUCUGGAAGGGGCCUAUCAUCUUAGACAAACAGAGGUAUGGACUUCACACCUGGGAGAGGCCCCACGCCGUGGACAGCUGCAACCGAUGAGGCCAGCUCGGUAGACAAAUCUCUGAAAUGGACACAUCUGGAACAGCCUCCCAGGUCAGGCAGACACAGCUAGGACAGACCCAGCUGCCUGCCACCAGGGAAGAGCUCUGCCCUCUGUCCCCACAUAGGUAUGAACCAAGCCCUCAUUUCAGUCUGGAUUUGUCCUUGAGUUAAAAUUUUAAAGCUGAGGCCAUAUGUGAAGUCACAAACCUUUUUGGUAGAAGGUUAAUGUUCUGUACAAUAUAUGUAUGAAUGUAAAAAGAUAUAUAUAUAUGCUGUAUAUAUAUAUAUAUAUAUGCACAGUGUAUAUAUGACCUGUAGCCCAUGUGUAUACGCGCCCUCCCCUGCACGUCUGCACACAGAGUGUACAUAACCCAGCCAGUAUGGGUGGGGACAGGUGAGAGACGGGGGCUGCAGCAGCAAAGUUGGGGUCACCUGAGACAGAAGUGGCCAGGAGCCGGGGCUACAGAGAGCCUGCACACAUCAGAGCUCCAGACCCAGAAGAUGGCAGAGCUCAAGGGGGCUGGUGAACAGGCCUUUGCAUGCUUGGGGGGAGGAUAAGAGGAAGGUGGGGGAGAAGAUAGCAGAAGGGAGAGGAGAGGGGGCCAGGGCAAGAGUGGCCAAGGGCAGUUAGGCCUGUGCUGGGGAGCAGAGUCAUGCUGGUACUGGGCCCUGAGACCUAUAUCAGACUCACCUUUGCAGGUGGCUUCACCUGUCAGGCUCCACCUGGAAUACCCUAGGAAGCUGGGAUAUUCAAGGUGGCAAAGGUCUCUGAGUCUCAUCCACAUGCAAAGGCACAACUCCCAGCUAGGGAAGACACUUUCUAAAGAGAAUGGCCCCAGGGGCACUGCCAGUCUGCCAGCUCAGUGUCCAGAUGGCCUAGUUACCAACCUGCCUCCAUCCCCUGCCUUCUAGAACAGAAGCCCUCAAAACACCCCACAAUGUAUUUCACAGAUCCAAACUCCGAGCCCUCUAGUUGCAGAGAAGCACUGCAGGCCCAAUAAUGCCAGCCAGGUGUCCGUCCCACCUGACAACCUCCCCAGACCCAGCUGGCCCAGAGGCCAACUGUCAGAGAGUGACUGGGGGGCCCGGAUGCAGCAGAGCAGUGAUGGGGUGAAGGAUGAGAGGCCUGGGCACCGCCUGUCCCAGCACAGCCCGUGCCACCUGCCUUCUCUCCAUCACUGCAUCUCCCCUUGCAUGGCAGCUAGCAGAGGGCCCCUCCCCUGGAGUACCCCCGCCCUCCACCUCUGCACCCCGCCCCCAAGCACAGAUCUCUGUCUGUGCUUCCCAACUCUAAUCCUUAACUCUCGGGCCCACCUGCCAUGGGUCAGAGCAUCUCUGGAGCAAGCGAGAGAAAAGAGAUCUAGAACAGGGCCCCACAGUCCGCAGCCCGCUGCGACCCCAUGCAUCAGGCUGAGCGGCACCUAACGCAGGUCUGCCGGGCCCUGGCCGGGACAUGUCUGCGCCCGGGGCCCUGAAACAGGCAUUGGAUGCUCGACGGCCGUCACGCCACUGUGCUCAAUCCCCCGGCCCACCCCGUCCGGGCCGACUUCCUGGCUGGGCCUCCUGGGAUGGGGACUUGGGUUCCCAGACAGCGCCACCGGGAGACCCCAGACCUGUCCCACCACCCAGACCAGAGUGCCUGGAUGCCCCCCACUCCCGCUCAACACGGUUCCCACACACUGGUCUUUGGGCCAUUCAGGGGAUGCCCUUUGUGGACAUGCAGAAUUUCUAUGAAUAUAGUUUUUUGUAAACAUUUUGUAACAAUUUGGGUUUCAUAGUAACUGUGUUACUUGCCAAUCAUUCUAGGCUGAUGUAAAUAAAUUUCCAAACAAAUCUGAUUAUUUUCCUUUUUAAGACACUGUGAUAUAUCAAAGUGCACAG